AAGUCUUCUUGUACUGGUAAUUUCUUCACCUUAAAGAAGAUACCCAGCAGGACGAGAUAGAGAAAAAAAAAAUGGAGAGGAGACUCUACGAAGCAGCCAUGGAAGGCAAUGUCAUCUCCUUGGUGAAUCUCCUCCAAGAAGACCCUUUAGCUCUCGACAGCUUCAUGGUCACCUGCCACACCGAAACCCCUCUCCACAUAGCUUCCAUGUUAGGACACGUUCAGUUCGUCACCGAGCUUGUCAACCGGAAGCCAGAGCUCGCAACGGAGCUCGACAUACGAAGGUCAACGCCACUUCACUUGGCCGCCGCUCGCGGCAAUCUUGACGUAGUGAAGAUUCUUCUGAUCGCCGCCGGCUCUGAAAUUUGCCUGGUGCGCGAUGGAGAUGGGAGAACGCCUCUGCACGUUGCGGCCAUGAAAGGCCACGGGGGCGUCGUGCGAGAGUUGGCAACGGCUAGACCGGAUGCGGCUCGAGUCUUGCUAGACCGAGGGGAGACCAUUUUGCACGCGUGCGUGAGAUAUGGGCAGAUGGAUGCGAUGAAGGUGGUGGUGGAGAUCGUUGAUGGUGAGUUUGUGAAUGUUAAGGAAUGUGUUCAUGGCAACACAGCAUUGCACCUCGCAGCGGCUCAUAUUGAAACUGAGGCUAUAAACAUCUUGAUUUCAAAGACCAACGUAGACGUCAACGCGGUCAACGCACACGGCCUGACCGCGUUGGACGUUUUAGUCCAAGCCAGAAGAAACCCAAAACACAAAGACAUUGCAGAGUCCCUCAAACAUGCCGGGGCUGCUACACGAGCAACUUACGAGCCUCCAUUUUCCAUGCACGAUGAGCCUGAAGUCAUAAGCUCCACCAUCGACAUGGCAGACGAAGACCUCUACACCUUCUCCUCUCACUCGAAAAAGAAGACCAAGAAACUCCUCAAGACUUUUCGACGUGAUGGCCGUCAACCGGAUUGGCUCGAGAAAAAACAGAGCGCACUAAUGGUGGUCGCCUCCCUCAUCGCCACCAUGGCUUUCCAAGUGGGGGUCAACCCUCCCGGUGGCGUCUGGCAAGACACUUCCCCUGAUCACAUGGCGGGUUUCUCAAUAAUGGCAUACAAUUAUUCGGUCUACGGCCGGUUCAUGGCACUGAACACAGUUAGCUUCAUGGCUUCUCUGAGUAUUAUUCUACUGCUGGUAAGUGGGUUGCCGGCAUUGAAACGGAGGUUCUUCACGUGGGUGUUAAUGGCAAUCAUGUGGGUGGCUAUAACCUCCAUGGCUUUCACUUAUUCGAUAUCAAUCAGUGUGUUUACGCCGAUGAAGCAGUCGAAUUCGAUUAACAGCAUGUUAGGGUUGGCGAUCGUGCUUUGGUGUGGUUUAACGGGUCUGCUGCUUCUCGCGCAUACGACUCGGUUGGCGGUGAGGUUGGUCCGUAGCUUGUGCAGAUCAGUACUUCUGCCGAGAAUAAGAAAGGUGGCAGCUGAAGCUUCGGCUUAAUUCUGCGGAAGCCAUAAACGACGUCGUUACUUGAAUAUCCCACUGCUAUAACUCUGUAUG